AUGACAGUGCGCUCAUUUCUCUAUUACACGGCCGCAUUAACUUUUGGCAAUUCUCUGCCGUCGAAAGAAAUUGAUAAGAGGGUACACAUGUUGUUGCGGCAGUUUGACUUGCUGGGAUAUGGACAUGAAAAGCUUCAGGAUUUGUCCAAAAGUGCUCAGAGGCGAGCUCUCAUUGCUAACGCACUCGUCAAAGACCCAGUGUUUGUAAAUCGUCGACGUCUCUGUGACAACCUU